AUGCUUAACCUCAAUGGUGCUUUUGCACUUCGAUCAAUAUCGAUCACAGGAGUCGCUGUGGGUGUUUUGUUCACAUGGGCCAUUUAUCGUCUACUACAAGUGGGAAGUCGAGACAAGCGAUAUCCUCCGGGUCCUCCAACUAUACCAAUCCUGGGUAAUUUGCACCUGGUACCCAAGUCCGGUCUGGGAAAGAAGCUCAAGGAAUGGGGAGAAACCUAUGGCGGUGUCUACUCUCUUAAAUUUGGAACGGGUACUGUCAUAGUUUUGUUCGAUCGCAAGGCCAUCAACCAUCUACUCGAUAAGAAGGGCAUCAUCUAUUCCGAACGGCCGCAGAGCUAUGUUCCAUUUCUUGUCACAGGAGGUGACAGCUUUGCAUUUAUGAACAGUACACCUUUAUGGAGAGCUGAGAGAAAAGUGGCCGUUCACAAUUUAUCGCCGAAGAUGCUGGAAGAAAAGGUUAGGCAUAUCCAGGACGCAGAGUCGGUGGUGCUUCUUGCGGAUAUCCUAGAUAGGCCUGAAGGAUAUUACAACCACAUCAAAAGGACCACAGCGUCUGUGGCCAGCGUGGUGGUAUUUGGACACCGAGGUCCCACUAUAGACAAUUUCUGGGCCCGUGCCGUCUACGACGCAAUGGAUAAUUACUCUGCAGCCCUAGAACCUGGUGCCAACCCUCCAGUGGAUGAGUUCCCUUUCUUAAAAUAUAUCCCUGAAAGCCUCGCCGCCUGGAAGAGACGUGCCAAAGGGUCGUACAAGUGUAUGGACGACACUUGGAAUGAGGCUCGACGCAGAGUUGACGCCCGACGAGAAAAGGGGAUCAGACGCAACGCCAUCAUUGAUUCUAUCCUGGAUGGCGAAAAGCAUAGCGACUUGGAUGUCACCUACAAGCAGAUGAAUCAUUUCUUGGGCGUCGUUGUCGAAGGCGGAGCAGAUACGACGGCGUCGGCCACCUUGACCUCGAUGAUGUAUCUAGCUCUCCAUCCAGAAUUCCAGGAAAAGGCUCGUAAAGAAUUGGAUGCCGUGUGUGGCACGACCAGAUUGCCUUCGAUUGACGACUUUGAUGCGAUACCCUAUAUCAACUGCUUAAUCAAGGAGGCAAUGAGAAUUCACCCAGUUCUUCCUCUUGGGGUGCCGCACCGAGUCAACCAGGAUGACUGGUAUGAAGGCAUGCUGAUCCCCAAGGACGCCACCGUCAUCCUCCCGACUUGGGCAAUGCAUUUAAGCGAAACCCAAGGAUACAAAGACCCUGAAUCGUACAACCCCGACAGAUUCUUAGGCUUUCCUAGAUUUGCGGACAGCUACGCUGGUAGCCCCGACUUCCAGAGCCGCGACCACUAUAGCUAUGGCGCGGGUCGACGAAUUUGUCCAGGUAUCCAUCUUGCCGAGAGAACCCAGUGGCGCCUGAAUGCAAGAAUUCUAUGGGCUUUCGAAGUACAGCGAAAGGUCGACCCGAAGACUAGCAAGCCGAUGCCAAUCGAUGUGAACAACUACCACGAAGGGAUCUCCCAUUGUCCUGCGGAAUUCCCGAUUGUUUUCAAAGCCAGAAGCCAGGCGCAUAUCGACGUUAUAAGAAAUGAAAUGACUCACGCCAAAGAGUUCUUGAAGGCAUGGGAUGAUUGA